UUGUAUACGAGUGGUCAGUCACUUUGGAAGGGAAGAAUAACUCUCCAUUUCCUGUUGGGUUUGAAGGUGUAGGCUAUUGUGCUGACACGAUGUUCUAUCACGUGUCUUUAGAGCAUGAAAUUCUUCUCCAUCCAAGAUACUUUGGACCAAAUCUGCUGAAUAUAGUCAAACAGAAGUUGUUCACUGAAGUAGAGGGAACUUGCACAGGAAAGUAUGGGUUUGUAAUAGCAGUAACCACAAUUGACAACAUUGGUGCAGGUUUGAUCCAGCCCAGUCGUGGCUUUGUUGUCUAUCCUGUCAAAUACAAGGCCAUUGUGUUCAGGCCUUUCAAAGGGGAGGUGUUGGAUGCUGUCGUCACUCAGGUCAAUAAGGUUGGAUUGUUUACAGAAAUCGGACCACUGUCCUGCUUUAUAUCUCGUCAUUCCAUUCCAGCUGACAUGGAAUUCGAUCCUAAUUCCAACCCACCUUGUUAUAAGACUAAAGAUGAGGAUGUGGUCAUACAGCAGGAUGAUGAGAUCAGAAUAAAGAUUGUUGGUACGCGUGUGGAUGCCAAGGACAUUUUUGCCAUAGGGACAUUGAUGGAUGAUUAUUUGGGACUGGUGAGUUAACCUGGACUCUCCGACACGCAUGCUUCAUCUCCAUCAGUGGACACUUGUGGUUUGACAGGGAUCAUUCAUUACAUUAUCUAUAACAGAGAAGGAUCAAGGAUUGACAUGUGUCACACCACAUUUCUACAAAUGAAGGAUUGAUACAUGUCACUCCCCACAUUAACAUCAGAGGAAGAGGUAUGAUUGGCACAUGUAUGUGUCACUCACAAAAUCUACAUCUGAGAGGUCUAGGAUUGACGUGUCAUUCAAAAUCUACAUCUGAGAGAGGUGUAGGAUUGACGUGUCAUUCAAAAUCUACAUCUGAGAGAGGUCUAGGAUUGACAUGUGUCAUUCAAAAUCUUCAUCUGAGAGAGGUCUAGAAUUGACAUGUGUCAUUCAAAAUCUACAUCUGAGAGAGGUCUAGGAUUGACGUGUCAUUCAAAAUCUACAUCUGAGAGAGGUCUAGGAUUGACAUGUGUCAUUCAAAAUCUUCAUCUGAGAGAGGUCUAGGAUUGACGUGUCAUUCAAAAUCUACAUCUGAGAGAGGUCUAGGAUUGACAUGUGUCAUUCAAAAUCUACAUCUGAGAGAGGUCUAGGAUUGACAUGUGUCAUUCAAAAUCUUCAUCUGAGAGAGGUCUAGGAUUGACGUGUCAUUCAAAAUCUACAUCUGAGAGAGGUCUAGGAUUGACAUGUGUCAUUCAAAAUCUUCAUCUGAGAGAGGUCUAGGAUUGACAUGUGUCAUUCAAAAUCUUCAUCUGAGAGAGGUCUAGAAUUGACAUGUGUCAUUCAAAAUCUACAUCUGAGAGAGGUCUAGGAUUGACAUGUGUCAUUCAAAAUCUACAUCUGAGAGAGGUGUAGGAUGGACAUGUGUCAUUCAAAAUCUACAUCUGAGAGAGGUCUAGGAUUGACAUGCGUCAUUUACCACGUCUACAACUAAGAAAUAUCUAGGAUUGACAUUAUGUGAUAUCACUAAUCUUCAUCGACAUCUUCAUUUCACCAUCUGGCAGUAAUUGUCUACAGAAAAAAAGUGAUGAUUAACAUGUAAUGCAUUAUAUCAUUUUUAUGAUCAUACAUCGGAUGAGGAAUCUAUGGUUGACUCAUUUCAUUGACCACACCUACAUCUGAAAAGGACUGAUCAACAUAUGUUACCCACCAUGUAAUAAAAAGGGAGUAAUUAACAAGUCAUCACUACAUCUACAUCUGAGAAACAAAUCCGUUUGUUUCUUGUCACUCACAGUAGCAUUAUCUUCACAAAAAUACAAAAAAUAUCAUUAACAACUUAUACCAUAUCAUUAUUAACAUUGGAGCCGUAUCAAGGAUUGGCAUGUAGAUUGACAUGUUAAUUUCAAUUACUAUACAAGAGGACUGAUCUUGUCUUGACACAUGUCAAUUGCUGGUUAAUCUUGCAGUGACACAUGUCUAUCGUCACAUCAUCUUUAUAAGUGAACUGUAUGUGUUAACUUGGACUUAGAUGAUGUUAACAUCAUAUAAAGCGAGUCGGUCAGAAAUGAUGUUAACAUCAUGUAAAGCGAGUCGGUCAGAAAUGAUGUUAACAUCAUGUAAAGCGAGUCGGUCAGAAAUGAUGUUAACAUCAUGUAAAGCGAGUCGGUCAGGAAUGAUGUUAACAUCAUGUAAAGCGAGUUGGUCAGAAAUGAUGUUAACAUCAUGUAAAGCGAGUCGGUCAGAAAUGAUGUUAACAUCAUGUAAAGCGAGUCGGUCAGAAAUGAUGUUAACAUCAUGUAAAGCGAGUCGGUCAGAAAUGAUGUUAACAUCAUGUAAAGGGAGUCGGUCAGAAAUGAUGUUAACCAUGUAAAGCGAGUCGGUCAGGAAUGAAAGGAUAAUUGUGUUAUAAUCAAUAUAGACAAUGCAAGGUAAAAGAGAUAAUGUUAGCAUCAAGUGUAUUAAAGAUCUGUUUAAUUUCAUUUCCACUGGCCGACAGCUGGUAUAUAUGUUUUAUUCGUAGGUAAUUUUACAAUAUUGAUAUGUAAAAGCUUUGUAUUGUAAACAUAAUUAAUGUUUUUAUAAAUAAAUAUUCUCAGUCUUA